CCGUGACUCUGUGCGCAACUGCUUUCCACGCAGUCUGUGCUGCGGUAGUGAUAAAUGUGGUCCUUGAAUGAUACACAGCCCAGGCAUAUUUGUAUGGCCAUUAGAUUUAAGGCUUACGGUUUUGAGUUAGCCUCAACAGGUAACCUCCGACGUGCUACAUUUAUGAUUGUGCAGUCAUAACACAAGGAACGACAAAGAGAGCUGCUACACGGAGAUGUUCAGUUGCACUCUGGCUUCUAAAUAGUCAACAAAUACUAAAACUAUAAAAAUAAAGGGGGACUAUGUUCAGUAAACAUUACAUGACAGCAGAGAGGAGGAGAGGAAGAGGAUGAUAAUGCAGCGCAUCCUAAAUCAUGGGUCACUGCGGCGGGUGGCAGCAGCACGCCCGCUGUUGGUGAGUGUCACCGUCCCUGAGCCACCAGUAGCAUUUUGUUGCUGUGCCCUCCGCCUGUCGCUGCCGCCACCCACAGGCCGGCGCUGGCUGUCAACCUCAGCCUCCAGCAAGGCAGCACAUCAACCAAAACAUCAGGCACCGCAGGAGGAACCACAGUCCAGCACCACACCUCACACGCAGGAGCGCCAGAAAGAGGAAGCUGUGUGUCAUGCUGCAGAGGUGGACCCCCUGCAGGACAAGUCCAUUGGCCUUUUUCAGAGGUUUAAGAAGACCUUCAAACAGUAUGGGAAGGUGAUGAUCCCUGUGCAUCUCUUGACAUCCUCUGUCUGGUUUGGAACCUUCUAUUAUGCUGCUAUGAAGGGUGUGAAUGUAGUGCCAUUUCUGGAGAUGAUUGGUCUACCAGAGUCAUUAGUUGGCCUUUUGAGAGACUCCUCAAGUGGUUACGCACUAACUGCAUAUGCCAUGUACAAGAUUGCAACACCUGCUAGAUAUACGGUGACUCUGGGCGGCACGUCACUAUCCAUUCAGUAUCUCCGCAAGCAUGGAUACUUAUCCACACCACCUCCGGUUAAAGAAUACAUUCAGGACAGAAUGGAGGAGACAAAGGAGAAACUGACAGAAAAGAUGGAGGAAACAAAGGAGAGAUUUUCUGAGAAAAUGGAGGAAACAAAGGAGCGUAUAUCUGAGAAAAUGGAAGAGACUAAGGACAAGCUUUCUGAGAAACUGCAGGAAACCAAAGACAGAGUCUCUGAGAGAAAAGCGUUUUUUAGAAAGAAAAAUGAUUAGCAAAUCAUGUUUGCAGAUGGCGCCGCUGAAUAGAUGAUCCCAUUUUGAUCUCCUUAAGUAAUUGCUCACUUUGAGGCAAGUAACAGAUGGCACUUCUAAGUCUGUUUGGAAAGAAGAGAGAGACGUUGUACUGUCCUUGUCCUCAAAUUUCACUUCACAAAUUUCAGAAAUUACCUGUUGUCUAUUUAAGUGUCAAAAUUCAUUCCCUAAUUGUCCAGACUCUGCCACCAUGCACUGUAACUAUAGACUAGACAGCAGCUUAGCAGACACCUGGCUCAGUCAUCUCAGACGGGAUUUACGCAGGCUCAAGUGAUCUGGACUUUAACUCUUGAUUGGCUGUAAGUUGUUGUUGAAAGAGAAUUUGUGUUGUCAUUUCUCUUCAUGUACUUACAUGAGUAAAAAAAAAAAAAAUGUAUGGGUCACAAAGUCAAACUGCCUGUGUAAAAUCCAUUUAAAGAGGGAGAUGUCAGGAAAGUAAAACCUGAAGCUCACGCUUACCUAUGUAUGGUAGUCUGUCAAAGCCUUUCUGAAGGCUGGGCAUCAUCUUGUGUCUUUUCUAAUAAAGAAAAAUAAAUAAAGUUUUCUAUUGUAUUUUUGUUUAAUAAUAGCCCAAGCUAAUAUAUUACAUUGUUGUACCACAUGCAGCGACUAUAACUUGUGUAUGAAAUGACCGAGUCAGAUGAUUGCUUGAGAGCUGUUCUUUGAGCAGUUGAGGUCAUAGUACAUAUCAGUUUACAUGUGAUGAGUUGUCAGUCAUACAUGUAAACGUGCACUGUGUUCAGUGUGUAUGAACAGAAAUGUUUUUGGUGUGUCGGUAAAUAGCCAAAUGUUCUUGCUGGAAAUUCAAACACGUCAUUAACCACACGUUAAUAAAGCAAAAUGCUAAUCACA